AUGCCUAUGAAAGAAGAGUUGAAGGAAUCAAUCUUGAAACAAACACAUUCAUCAAAAUCAUCAUCCACUCAUUCCGUUAGCACGAUACGUGAGUAUAGAGAGGAUGAUGAAGAGGAUCAUUCCGAUCUGAGCGAGAUUUCUUUGGAUCUUCAUUCAACCUCAUCGUUAGGUCAUUCGCAUCAACCACGGCAUGUUUCUUUUCAACAGCUAGGGGAUGAGAAUGAACAUCCUUCUUUUGUUCAUUCUAUUAAGGAAGAUCCAUUGAAAGUACCCAAUUACUUCUCACCUCCACGAUUGGUCAUGGCGGAUGAUGAGGAAACGAUCCGACCAGUUCUUUCCAAACCUCAAACACCAUCGCAAGUACACUCAAAGGAAAAUCAACAUUCAGGAUCCAAAGAAACGUCAUCAUCAUCAACAACAACUAACAACAAAACGAAUUGCAAAACGAAUUGUAUUAUUGAACAAGAUGUAAGGCCAAAACAUGAUGAAUCCAACAACAUUACGGCUGCAUCUCCCAUUUCUUCUUCAUCCAUGCUCCGAAGAGACUCUCAUUCCGCUUCUUCUCCGAUUCUGAACUCGUCCAUAAUGAACAAUCCUCUCAUGAGCUCUUCCUUCAUCUUGAAUUCUUCUUUUAUUAAUAAUGAAGAAGAUAUUGGAGAAUCACUCACCAGUACCAUGAUGGAUGAAUAUAUGACCAACAACAAGAGCACCAACAAAACCAAAAACCUCUUAAAAUCGUCAAGUUCAGAAAAAACAACACCUCCACCUUUACUUUCAUCGAGAUCGAACUUGUUUGAUAAACUUUCGAGUUUCAAGUCUAAUUUACAAUCAAAAUCGUCGAGCCAAGAUUUACAAGAGUUGCCUCAAGUACCUCAUGAAGACGAUGAAGAAGGUUUUUUGAAUGAUAUAAUUUUGUCAACACCAAACAGUGGAAGUAAGCAUCAUUAUGCUCAUCAUCAACAUCAUGUACAUUUUCAUGGACCAACCAUUCCAUAUUUACCCAAUUCUCAUUUACCACCGCUGGUGUCGCCCAUUUCUAAAAGCAACACUACUAAUUGGAUAGAAUUGAAAAUGAAAAUGGAUGAUAUUGCAAACUCAGUGGGAAGUGGUGGCUCUUCAUCGAAUUCUGUUGCGACAGAGUUGUUUUUAGCAGCCCAAGAGGGUGACAUUGACCUUUUGCGUACCCUGUUAGAAUCGAAAAAGGUCAAUAUUAAUGCAAAGGAUAAGGAUGGAUUUGGCCAAACGGCAUUGCAUUAUGGCUGCUGGUUUGGAAAUCAAAAAGUGGUCGAGUAUUUGAUAUCAAGAAAGGCAGAUAUCAAUGCUGUCAAUAAUUAUAACCAAACUCCACUCCAUGAAGCCACUUACCGAGGGCAAUUAAAUCUUGUCAGAUUGUUGUUGAAAAAUGGAGCUGACAAGAAUGUGACGGAUCAUGUUGGUGAGAAGGCCAUUGAUUACGCCAAGAAGAAGAAGAAUGAGGCUACUAAUUUCACAAGCGAGAAUGUCUAUAAGGAAAUUAUCAAAACGAUUGAGAGCUAUGCAGCUGAUGAAAGUUUACCAUCUAAUCAGAAAAAAUCCAGUACUAGUAAAUGUUGCUUUCAGUAG